CGUGACCGCCGCGUCGUUCGCACGUGCCGAUGUCCGCGACAGAUAUUCGAAUUUUAAUCGAAUUCUGGUGGAUAUUAUUUUAUUAUUGUAUUUUUUUAAAUACAAUAGUUGAUUCAGUUUUAAGGCGUUUGUUAAGUGGUAUUGCUAAUUUAUUUGAUUUAGACAUAGAAGACGAUUGAUACAGUGAUGUGUUAAUUUAAAAUUUAGUUUAUUUUAAUUUAUUUAUUUAUUCAAUCUGUGAUAUUAUAGUGUUAGUUAUAUUGUUUAAUUUAUAUUUCAAAAUGCCGGAACAAGCUGGGAUUAUUACUAUUCAUCAAAUGCGCCUGCACCGGUGUGAGGGGUGUCUCGCGGCGUGCGGCCGACAGCGGCGCGCCACGCCGCUCUCUGCCAUACCCAGGACCAUACCCAGGACAAGAGUAUUACAAAGAGCAAGACGAGGGCCUUACACGCAGACUAUGAGCAAGGAGAACUGCCUCAAGAUGGAGACGCCGCCCACUCCACCAGAUAACGAAGCGCCCCCGAUGCCGUGGUUCGGCAUGGACAUCGGUGGUACCCUAACGAAGCUGGUCUACUUUGAGCCCCGGGAGACGAAUAGACGGGAGCUGGACAAGGAGACAGAAGUACUUAAGAAUAUCAGAAGAUAUCUCACCAGGAACUCCGCCUAUGGGAAGACUGGGAGACGGGAUGUACAUUUGCAGAUGGACAAUGUAACCAUUCGAGGUAGACGCGGCACUCUCCACUUCAUAAGGUUCCCGACGUCCGAAGUUGGGGCCUUUCUUCAGCUCGCCCGGUCUAAGGGCAUGGCUGAUUUAGUGAACACUAUAUACGCUACCGGCGGUGGCGCUUACAAAUUCGAAGAGGAUUUUAUUAAGGAAGUAAACAUGCGUCUAUCGAAAAUGGACGAGUUAGACGCUCUGAUAGCGGGCGUGCUGUUCGUGGACUGCAUGAAUGCGCAGGAGUGCUACUACUGGGCGCCGCCCGACGAGCAGGCCGUGCAUACUCACGUCACGGACUCGCCCCCGUAUUCGGAAGCAGCCUUAAGUCUGUACGUGAGGAAACCAUUCGACUUCUCCUCGCCGUACCCGUUCCUGCUGGUGAACAUUGGCAGCGGAGUGUCAGUGCUCGUCGUCAACGCGCCUGAUGAUUACUACCGCGUCAGCGGGACCAGUCUCGGCGGUGGAACAUUCCUUGGCCUGUGUUGUCUACUGACUGGCUGCAGCAGCUUCGAGGAGGCCAUAGCACUCGCCGCCUCAGGAGAUAACACCACUGUUGACAAACUCGUUAGAGAUAUAUACGGUGGAGAUUACGCUAGGUUCGGACUGCCUGGAGAUUUAGUUGCUAGCAGUUUUGGUCAGAUGUGCUCAGCGGAGCGUCGUGCGAAGGUGUCUCGCGCCGACCUCGCCCGCGCUACUGUCGUCACCAUCACCAACAACAUCGGCUCCAUCGCCCGGCUCUGUGCGUCCAAUGAGGGGAUCGAGAGGGUGGUGUUCUGCGGAAACUUCCUAAGAGUGAACCCGCUAUCUAUGAAGUUGCUUUCGUACGCUAUGUCGUACUGGUCCAGAGGUGCUUUGAAAGCACUCUUCUUGGAACAUGAAGGCUACUUCGGUGCAGUCGGGUGUCUACUACAUCUAGACAGCAAAGUCCAUAGACGUAAGCAGGCAGAAGCGGCUACAGCGGACAGAUGAACGACAAUACAACUUACCGCCUUAUAUUUAGAGCUCAAAUUCCAUUGCAGACCUCGCUACACCUCAUUACUAUGGUAACAGAAAAUAAUAAUAACCUUUUUGGUUGAAUAUAGUUUUUUGUAUGGAUGUCGUUUGUACUUUACUAGUUUUUGUAUGUCCACUUACAUAUUUCGUUCGUUUGAUCGUGUUAACUCUUCGAGUACCGUCAUUAUAGACACAAUAGGCGUGUCGACAGGGUAAAAAAAUCAAAAAAGUAAUUAGUCCGUCAUUAA